UUUCCUUAUUGGGUCUUGAUUGUCGUGGGUGUUAUUUGUCUACUUCUAAUUCUCCUCGCACUAGCGAUGGCCUUUAUUAUGAGGAAACGGAAACGAAAUGAGAAGAAAAGGGAUUUGGAAAAGGCGAAGAGGAGGCAAAAGGAACCGAAAUCUGAGGAGGAGAAAGUGACGAGAUCAAAAGAAGGCGAAGCUGUUGGCAAAGUAGCCAAAUCGAGGGAAGGAAGAGGAUCAAAAGAGAGUGAAUCCAUCGAAAAGAUAGUGAAAUCAAGAGAACAAGAUCAGGGUUCAAGAGAAGGUGAAGUAAAGGACAAAACAGAAGGAUCGAAAGAAAGGGGCAGCUCGCGGCAAGAUAUUGUCAAAUGGAAAAAAACGGAUUCCAAGGAGUAG